AUGGCCCAGAAGGAUAUAUGGAUUAAAGAUGCUGCCGAAGGGGAGGAUGCGCAUUUACGUAUCCUCAACAAGCCUCCCGAUGUAACACGCCUUGCAUGGUACAGAGGGAAAGUUCCGGACAAAGAUCAUAUAAUUGCAUUUUUAUCACAAAUCCCAAACUUUAAUGUAAGAAUUCCAGAGAGUGGACAUACAAUACUAAACAGUGAUGGUUCUUUGCUGAUAAAGAAGGUCAACAUGCACGACUCAGGAAUCUACACCGUAGCAGUGGAACAAAAAAAUUCCAAAAUAUUAAUGGGAUAUGGACUGCUCAGAGUAUACCCGCGUGUGAAAAAGCCCACCCUCCGAGCCAGCAACACCACAGUCACAGAGAAUAAAGAUGCUGUGGUCUUCACCUGCAACUCCUCAUAUGCACUCAACAUCCAGUGGUUCUUCAAUGGCAAAAAAAUGCGGUCCACACAGCGAAUGAAGCUGUCCAAGGGCUAUCGAAGACUCACCAUAAAACCUGUCAAGAGGGAAGAUGCUGGGAAGUACCAGUGUAAAGCCUCCAACCCCAUUAGUUCUGCUGCAAGUGUGACCCUUAAGCUGAAUGUGAAUUUUGAGUGA